AUGGCGGCGUCGGUAUCCUGCCCCUGCUCCUUCUUCUUCGAAGCCGAGCCGGUCGGCGAACCCGGCAUGCCCGCGCAGGACGCGUGCGCGCUCUGCGCCAAGCAGCUCGCCCGCGACAGCGACGUCUUCAUGUACAGAGGGGACACGCCCUUCUGCAGCGAGGACUGCCGCCACCACCAGAUGCGCCUCGACGCCAGGCAGGCGGCCAAGGCUGCCACCCGGAGGCAGUUCUCGUCGGCGACGGCGUCUGCGCGAGGGCAUCGGGAGGAGUCCAGGGAGGUGCCCGUCGCGAGCUAA